ACAGAAGCUUGGGCUGAAAGGAUGCGCGAAGAGUGGAGGAUUCUCGAAGAAAGCUUGCCCGAGACAAUAUUUGUGAGGGCUUAUGAAUCGAGGAUGGAUCUUUUAAGAGCUGCAAUUAUUGGAGCAAAGGGGACUCCGUAUCAGGAUGGUCUCUUCUUCUUUGAUGUGUAUUUUCCACCCGCGUAUCCUGUUCAGCCGCCUCUUGUGCGCUAUCACUCUGGUGGUCUUGCUAUCAACCCACAUCUGUUCGAGUGUGGUGAAGUUCGCUUGAACCUGUUCAGAUCAUACAACUACAAGAGUUGGACACUCUGGCCGUCUUCCGAUACAAACAUGCUCGACUUUCUGGUCUCCAUACAGGAGCAGGUUUUGAACGCACAUCCUUUGUUCCACCAACCUGGAUUUGUAGAUUCUAGCCCCUCUGUGGUCGCAGAAUACUUUCCGUUACUAUACAAUGAGGCCAUCCAGCUAAAAUCUUUUGAAACAAUGACGUAUGUCAUUAAGAAUCCACCCAAGAAUUUUGAGGUCUUUGUACUUGGGUAUUUUCGCGAUCGUGCGGUUGACAUUCUAAGGGCUACUAAUGCUUAUAGAGAGGGCCUGCAAGUCCCCGAUGGUGUGGAUAACAGGGAGAGCUUCAAGAUACGGGAUGACGUUGAUUCAAGCAUGAUCCGUCUUUUUGUUGCUUUGAUGUGUAUCAAAGCAACUGGAGCUUUCAAUUUCACUGCUAUCGGACCAUUCGUGGGUUUUGGAUCAUUUUUAGAGCGUUCGAUCGAGUCUGCUUCAACAUCACCUGUCCCAAUUUGAGUUCUUUCAAGCAGUUGUUCAGGCAGCGCUAGUGGAUCCUCUAAUAUCAUGUCUUAGUUAUAUUUUAAAAGUUUAUUUUGUUGCCUUCAAACUAGGAGGAGCUGCUCAAACAUCCUUUGAUCGGAUGGAACAUACUUGCUACAAGUAAAGUUGUUUUUGUCACUGCUUUGUGAACGCAAUAUUUUGUUAACUCGUCAAUACUUCUUUCAUUUAAAAAAUAUUGAUGAUGCACAACAUUGUACUUCCC